GUUAAUUAAGCGAACUCUAGUUUAAAAUGAAUCUGUUUCCACCCCGGCGGGAUGUUAUAUUGCGAGUACCUAAACAACUUUUUUUGUUUACACUCUGGCAUCAUAACUUUGUGUUGCACACUGCCUGAUCAGGCGUGUUUAAUUACUGAGUUGAAGUUUUUCUUUACCAGGAAAAUUAUGUUUUGUUCUAAAUACCUUGCGGUGGCGAGUGUGUUAUUGUGCGUGGCCGAGGCUGGGAAAAACUACUAUGAAAUUUUGGAUGUCCCGCAUUCAGCCACGGGCCGUCAAAUAAAACAAGCGUUUUACAAGAAAGCAAUGAAGUACCAUCCAGACAAAAACAAUCAUCCUGAUAGCGCGGCCGUUUUCAGAGAAAUCGCUGAAGCUUACAAGGUCCUCUCUACUGAUAGGCAGCAGAAGAGGUAUGAGGAGAUUGGCCACAAGUUCUCUGAGAUGGGAGGCAAGGAUGAGGUCACAUUUGGGGAACGCUUUGCCAACUACCACAGCCAAUAUGAUGGACGGAGCACCUGAAGUUUCAGUGUCUGGUUUUAAUCUAAGUGUUUCCAGCAUCAAAGUGACUGAAGUCAUAAAAAGAGAGAAUUCAUUGGUGUUCGUUGUUAGAGCCCAAGAGCUUCCCAGCAACAAGCAGCAUUGCGUGGACAGGAAAUUUGAGGAUUUUGAGUGGCUUCAGCAGUGUCUGCUAAUGCCAGAUGGGCCUCCUGGGCUUCAAGGGAUUAUAUUUCCACCGUUGCCAGCAAAACCUUGUGUGUUUCAAUCAAACACGCGGGAAAAAAUGAUUAAACAGCUUGGACUCCUGGGGCUAGAUGAUGACUGGAAAGCCUAUUGCAUGGCCCUGGAGAUAUACCUGCAGCUGGUGGUAUCUCACACCACGCUGGGCAAGAACCAGGCCCUGUGGAGCUUCUUCACACAGAAUCAGGGACCUGGUGGGCAGGCAGGGCGACAAGGGAUGCUUAACCGCCUCAGUCAGGCUCUGGAAGAAAUAAAGAAGGAAAAUCACCAGGAUGUUGAUGAAUUCUUUCAAAAUGAGAGGGCCAGAAACUCAUCUCUCAUACGAUUAACAAAAGCUACAACAGAAAGACUCAUUGCUGUAGUGAGGACACAGCAAAACAUUGCCCUUGCUUGUGGUCAUUUUUCAACCACUCUGCAUCUUGGAGUUGGGCCAGAUGAAGACCCAACAGCCAAAACCUUCUCAAAACUAUCCCUGAAGCUGUCUGAAAUUAUUAACAUUGUUAAGAAAAACUAUGAGUGUGUUGCUGAAAACAACCUGAACACAUUUGGCCUGGGGCUGGACCUGGUUUCACGUUACGAAGAAUCAGAAAAGGAAAUGCUGUUUCGGAGGACCUGCAAGCUAGUCGAAUUAGAACAUAACAGUAAAAACCUGGAGAAAGCCAAAUCAGCUAAAAAAGCAAAUAUGGAGGAAAUCAAGAAAGUUACAGAAAAAGAAUUCAGACAAAUUUCUGAUAUUGCCAGUGUAGAGAUACAGAAGCUCCACAGGGUGCGUGUGGAGAUCUUCCAGAAAUCCCUGACCUCCUGGUGUGAGAGGCAGCUCCACAGAGCCAGGGAGACCUCUUCAGUCCUCAGCCAACACCUCCGUGCAUUCAAGCAGCUUGACAACACAGAAUAGCCAUCAACAUGUAAUUUUUCAGUCAAAUAUGGCCACAGCCCAAUAAUUUCUGUUUCUAAUGAUUACGUUGACAGAGAUGUUGACUACUGUGACCCCAAUUCCAAGCAUAUCUAAUGAAUUAAAUGGGCUUAUCAUUGCAAUGUGCGAAUCCCAAAUUUUCAGAUGUUUCGUGGACAUUUGCUUUCCAUUUUUUGUGACCUGGGUGCCAGUGUGAUUGUGUGCUGCUGACAGCUCAAACAACCCAGUGGUAUUAGGCAGUUUCACACCACAGGAACUUUUUCUGGAACCAGAACCUUUUUCCAGAACCAGGAAACACACUACAGGAACUCUGUACUGUCUGUGGCCCAGUUGUUGUUCCUCUGAGGCAGUUUCAGAACCCUUUUUUAGUGCCUACGCCAAACUAUGGAUGUUUCUCAAUACCAAGACCACAAAGAUCGUACUUGUGGUCUUGGCAAGACCAGUUUUGCUAACUUGACUCCCAAGAAUGAACUUGGGGGUGCAAUAAAUCAUGGAAUUGGUCUUGCUUGUUCAGAUUGCAACAGAUGUAUCCUUGAUAUUUGGUGAUGGGAAAGAACGGCAUCCAGGAAUUUUUAUCAUCUUCUGUACAACUGUUCUUGAGCAUUGGAUCUGCUCUUUGGCAAUGGAAGAUGACGUAAAACGGGUACAUGAAAACUCAAGUACUGUACGGUCAAGUACACAUAUUGAGAAACA